AUGGCUUCUUUGAGUCCGUUCCAACGUUCUAUAUACAAAUUCUAUUCUCUUUUCAUGCAUAUCUAUUUCACUUGCUUCGUUAUUGCUUUAUAUGUAGGAAUAGUACCGAUAUGGCAGACGGAUUCUGUCGAAGUCCUACAAGCCAUUUCGGUUAUUAUAUUGUGUACACUUAUUUUAGUUAAAGCUGCCAUUUGUCAAAGGAAAAAGGUUACGGAAAUGAUAAGUGAAAUUGAAGAUCACGAAAAGGAAAUUGAUACAUGGAACGAUGAUAUUAUCGAUAUUUAUACGAAAAACGCGAGAUAUAAUACGUUUCUUUCACUUUUUUUGUUUACUGCUUCGACAUUAUGCGGAAUCACUUUAAUAACGACCAAAUUUCUUGGUAAGAUCGAUAUGAUGACUACGAGGGUUGUUAAGGAAGUUUCGAGAUGGACAAAUCGAAACAAAGAGUUCAAGUUAUUAGAGUACUUAUAUUUUGCAGUUUAUGAAAAACAAUUGAAAAAAGCAAAACUGGGAUUGUUGAAUGAAAGUCUUGUAGAAAAACCGUUGCCUUAUGUAAUAUGGCGGCCUGUUGACGAGAAAACGAACUAUUGGGAAGCUUUUUGCUUAGACACCCUUUCAGCAUCGAUUGGUUGUACUUUCAAUUCGAUAACUCAGUUGAUAUUUUUGUCAUUAUUGACUUACAUAUCGGGGCAAUUGCAAAUAUUGCAAUUUAACUUUAGAAACUUCGGUAGAAGCUGCGCUAAUUCGAAUGGACGUAACGAAAAAUUGAAACUCCUCAGAAAACUUAUAACGAAACAUUUAGACAUAAUUUCUUUUGUAGCGAAUUUAGACGAAAAUAUGAAAUAUCUUCUACUAUUGGAAUUUACUAUAAAUUCUUUCCAAAUAACCGGAAUUGUUUAUGAACUUCUGAUGUCCGAACCGAAUCUAAUGCUUAUAUUUCAACUGACUUAUCUAAGCUGUAUGGUCCUUCAAAUUUUCAUGUUGGCCUGGCACGCCAACGAAGUUACUAUACAGAGCACCCAAGUGGCGCACGCCGUUUUCGAUUGCGAAUGGUACGAUUUACCGAAAACUAUAAAGGAAAUGUUGGUUUUCAUAAUUUUGCGUUCCCAAAAACCGCUCACUAUAUCCGUGGGACCAUUUUUCAUACUCACAAAUGCCACAGCAGUUACGUCCAUGAAAGCGGCGUAUUCUUACUUGGCGGUUUUGACUAACAGUAGAGGAUAAAAACAAUUCGAAAUUGAAAAAAAAAUUACGUCAACAUUAUUUAAUAUAAUCCCCAAUUCAAAAAAAAAUUGCAAUAAUAAAAUAAGCAGCCUUAAAAUG